CACGAGUUGACAAAAAAGUGACAAAUAAAGCACAUGUGGGAGCUUCUAUAUGUCAAGCAUACCUCACAGAAAAGGUUUCAACAUUUUCUUCUUUCUAUUUUGAAAGAGAUGUCAUGACUAGGAGAAAGAGGCCUGCUCGAAAUGACGAUAUUGAUGAGGCAUCAUAUGAGCAAAUGGUUUCAACCUUCAAUUAUCUUGGGAGAGGUUAUGGGAGAAACACACAUCGUUAUAUUGUUGGAGAUGAGUUCCGAAUUGCGCACACCUACAUUUUAAUGAAUUGUCCGGAGGUUAUUCCGUUUUAUAAUGACUUUAGAGAAGAUCUUGUUGGUUAUUCAAAUGAAGAGAUUGAUUUGAUGAUAGACACUAAUUUUGCAUCAUGGUUCAGGAACACGAUCCUCAACAAAGCUAAAUAUUCGACUGUUGAUCCCUUUUUGGAAUCAUUAGCAUGGGGUCCUGAAACAUUGGUCAAAUGUUGGUCUAUAUAUUUUGUCAACGGUUACAAAUAUCAUACCCGUGCCUAUGGAAACAAUAAACCCACAAUAAAUAGCGGAGUGUCUGUCCCGACUUGCAGUUAUGAUAACUCAGAGACAAUUUUUUUUGGAUAUCUAGAUGAGAUAUUGGAGAUGAAAUUGCCUGGUCAAAAGGAGUUAUCGAUUGUGCUUUUUCGAUGUACUUGGGUAGAUCCUGUGAGGGGGGUGAAAAAGAAUCACAAACAUAGCUUACUUGAUGUAAAUCAUGCACGGGUAUAUCAGAAAAAUGAGCCAUUCAUUUUAGCUCAACAAGCAGCCCAAGUGUAUUAUGCUGAUUAUCCGACGACACGUCAAACAAGUUCUCCAUGGGUUUGCGCAUGCACAAUUAGACCAAGAAAAAUUGUUUCUCAUGCGCAACAUAAAAACGUUGAUAUUGAUGUUUAUCAACAAGAAUUUUUUGAGCCCCCCAUUCCUGACACCAUGAACGGGAACAUUUUUUUAGAAGAUUCUACUGGUGCAGAAAUAGACCUUGACCUUAAUGACGCCAAUGAUGGUCCAGAUGGAAUUCAGUACGAAGAAGAGUGGAACUUUCUCACAGAUGACACAGAUGAAGAAGAUUAUGUUGACAAUGAGGAAUCUGAAGACGUAGAUGAAUAAUUUGUAUAUCUGUUUUUCCUAUUACAUUUUAUCUGCACUCAAUGUACUUUUAUUAAAACAUUAUUGUAUUAAGAUGUUUUUACUCCAACUAAAUUGUAUUAUAAUAAUAGUAAGAUAA